GUGCAGGGCGAACACAUACUCCGAGAUUAAAACAUUUUUUGAUGUGAUAGUAACUUUAACUGACAGACCCAACACUGCUUUAUUGCUACAGCUAUGGGUAAAAAGAGUAAAUUCACUCUUCACCUUGUGAAACAAGCGGACAACGGAUCAUAUUGUAUAAAAUCACCGGAAGAAGAUUCUAGUCAGGUUCCUCCUUGUCCUGUACCAAAAGAAAGGGUAGACUACAAAAUGAAGAUAAUGCGGAAAAAGAAGCCAAUACAGAGGCGAAUUCCACUUCUGAGUUUGAAAGUCUUUUCGAACACAGCACCGAGGAUGAUAUCUCCAGUGGCAGUAGUGAUGCGUACGAUCCAGAUAAAAACAAAAAUGACCAUAGCAGUAACAACAGCACGGAAGACGAUGACGAAGUUUAUGAGGGACUAAAAAGUACUAAGCAGCGCCGUAAAACGAAAAGCAAUCAAUCACUUCAAAGUUUGCACAAAGAAAAACGUAUGCGGGGACAGGAUUAUUUAGGAAUGCAAAAAGAUGAAUUUGGCAAGAAGAGACCAACAAUGAGCAGAAGUAGGAGGGAAAUGAAACCACGAUGUACUUGUAAACAUUCUUCCUUAAAUCGGAACAGUAAUUGCAAGGAUAUUACAGAAGAGCAGAGACAGCUAAUAUUUAAUCAUUUCUGGCAGGAUAUGUCUUGGGGUGAAAGAAAAAUUUUUGU